AGGCAGUAUUGGUUCUGUUUUCAUGUCCAAAUGCUGCUCUUGUUUUGUAACGCUCCAUGUUCGUUAUGAUUAAACUCACCAUCUGCACCUGCUUCCUGACUCCCUGCAUCUUCUUAUAAAAUACUGCCUCAAGAAACAAUGGAAGCAACAGAUGAUUAUGCCCUCUUCCAGACGGUCGAGGAACAGGGUCAUCUACUCUACCAACACUACGACCAGCUGGCUCUACUGGGUACGACCAAGAAGGAGUUCCUCCUCGUUCUCCACCGCCUCGACACCACCAGCGAGGUUCUCCAUACCUCUGACAGAGGGCUUCCUACCAAUGGUCGUCACAGUGAGCCAGUCCCCCGGCCUACCCAGCUGUCCACCCAAGUCAGCGAUGCCCCAGUAUCCUUUCUGGAGAAGUAUGACGGCACUCCAUCGAAAUGCGGUAGCUUUCUACUUCAGUACUCCCUCUAUUUCGCCUAUCAGAGAUGGUAGGCCCCACCACCGAGAGGUCCAAAGUUGCCACGGUCAUUUCCCUGCUGACCGGACAGGUGUUGGAGUGGGCUACGGCCAUCUGGGAGAGGGGAGAGGAGGAUCUGGGUUCCUAUAAGAUGUUCAGGGCUCUGUUCAGGGUGGUCUUCAACCAUCCUCCAGAGGGCAGAGAGGGAGAUGAGCAACUUGUCCAACUUCAGCAAGGUGCCCACACCGCUGCGGAGUACACCCUUACCUUUCGGACUGUGGCAGCCUCCAGCGGAUGGAAUGACCCAGCGCUCCGCACUCUAUUCCGCAGUGGACUGCUCAAAGAGGUCCAGACGGAGUUGGCAUGUUGGGAUGACAAUAUAUCCUUGGACUCUCUCAUCUCGAUGGCCAUCCGUUUGGAUAACCUUCUUCAGGAGGGUCGGUGUCCACAUCGCCACUCACCUCCCUCCUUUGGCUGAGCCUGAACCCAUGGAGGUAGGGGCCAAACACCUUUUUUGCGGCAGAUAACCUUCUUCAGGAGGGUUGGUGUCCACCUCGCCACUCACCUCCCUCCUUUGGCUGAGCCUGAACCCAUGGAGGUAGGGGCCGGUGUCCACCUCUGGCGUCGCCAGAGACAGCUUUGGCUCAGUCCCUAUUCCAGGUGAUCCUUCAGUGGUGUUUGGUGCGUCCUAACCCGAGGUCCACUUGAGCAGAGGGGCGGCCCCGUGACCUUCCGUCUCCCUGGGUAGGCUUGAGUAUUCCAUUAUCAUUGUUUUCCACCAAACCCUUUCUGGUUCCCAUGUCACUGGCCGGCUGUCUCUCAAGUGUUGUCUCUACAGCUAUAGUGGAAUCUGGUGCCGCAGGGAACUUUAUCGACCAGGCCCUCGCCUCCUCCCUGAACUUAACCUCAUACCCGCUCUCCGCUCCUUUCCUGUCCAAACCCUGGAUAUGUGACCAUUGGGAUCUGGCACAAUUACUCACGUCACAGCACCACUCACCCUCACCGUGGAACCCAAGCACCAGGAAAGCCUUCCCUUCAUCAUCACCACACCCGCACACAAGGUCAACCUUACCCUCCUGUGGCUCCAAUUUCAUAACCCCACCAUUUUCUGGUCAAAGAUGAGAAUCCCUGCCUGGGGCCAGGAUGCAGAGGACAUGCUUUCAAGCACCCUGUGGUUCCAUGUCGGUGGAGGGCCCUGUGAGUGUCCUCCAGCCCAUCAAGUGGUCCUCCUGUAUUGUUGGCCUUGUGUUUUGGGAUGUACAUGUGGCCAUCUACCUGGCUUUGGAGAGGGAACCCGCUCCUGCCACCUACCAUCCAGAGCGUAUCUAUGUCCCCAUUGGGGUGAGAGAUCGACUGUUGACCUGGGCACACACAUCCUCCCCGCGGGACACCCAGGUAUCCCCCGCACCAUCCAAUCCAUACUGGUAGCCCACCUUGGUGCAGGAUGUCGCCCACUAUGUCAAUUCAUGUUCGGUAUGUACUCAAUCCUAAUCUCCCCAACACACUCCAGCAGGUAAACUACUUCCCCUUUCUGUGACUCAGUGGCCUUGGUCACAUCUGUCCGUAGACUUUAUAAUGGAUUGUGCCCUUUCUGACGGUUUUACCACUAUUCUAGUUGUUGUUGACAGAUUCUCCAAAUCCUGCCGUUUUAUCCCUCUCUCUGGUCUACCUACCUAAUUCUUGGUUGCUGACGCAAUAUUCCAGCAGGUCAUCCUGCACUAUCGCCUUCUGUAAGACAUAGUUCCCGACCGUGGUCCCAAAUCAUGUUGCGUGUCUGGAAAGCCUUUAUGGAGAAGCUGGGGGCCACGGUCAGCCUCACAUCCAUGUACCAGCCUCAGUCUAACGGGCAAGUGGAGACGACCAACCAAGAGCUGGGGAGGUUCCUAAAGAGUCACUGCCAGGUUCAGCAGGGGGAGUGGGCCUGGUUCCUUCCUUGGGCGAAAUACGUCCAGAACUCUCUUCGUCACUCCUCCAUCGGUCUGACUCCCUUCCACUCCGCCCACAUGAGGCUCCAGAGUGUCAUCUGCAGUCAGAAGGAUCAGGUGAACCGCCAUCGCAGUGAGGCUCCAGUGUUCCAUCCUGGUGUUCACGUCUGGCUCUCCACCAGGAACCUCCUGCUCCACUUGCCCAUCAGGAAGCUGAGCACCAGGACAGUGGUUGCUGGUCCCCCGGCUGAUGCCGUUUCCCGCGAUACCCCUCCGCCCCCCCGGACAACGAGGGGACCCCCGCCUAUGCUGUUAGGUCCCUCCUGGACUCCCGACAUCAUGGGGGUUGGCUCCAGUACCUGGUGGACUGGGACGGGUAUGGUCUUGAGAAGUGCUCUGUCAUGCCUAAUCCUGCUCCCUCCCUCCGGUGCUCGAUGUCGCCGGUCUACUAACCACCUGUCCUGGCAACCCACAUUGUGCACACCUGGCAACCAUCAUUGCACACACCUGGACUUCUUCACCACCCUAAUUACUCUCCCUUCAUAUAGCCCUCACCAACCUCAGUCAUGAUGCAGUAUUGGUUCUGAUUUAUUUCCAGAUGUUUCUCUUGUUUUGUAAAUCUCCAUGUUUGUUAUUAUUAAGAUCACCAUCUGCACCUGCUUCCUGACCCCCUGCGUCUUCGAUACAAUAUCAACACUAUUUUUCUACCGGUAAAUGUGUGCUUUAAUAUUGUGAUAUAAGCUGCAUAAACACAUCCGAUCGGCUCAGCCUU